GCGGUGUAGUUAAUGUUUGAUUUGAUCAAUUCGAAAAUUCUAGUUUUUGUCCCCCAAGUAUAUCUGAAGCUGACUCAUCAUCAUCAUCUAAUACCAUUCCAGUUUCCCCCCUCGCCGCAGCAAACGCAACACAAUUGAGUCAGGGAACGUUGGUAGCAUCAUUGAGUCACAGAGCAGAAGAAGACAUCAGUACAAGACACAUUGCCACAAGAUGAGCUGCAAGGUGCGGCUUAUGGAGGAUGGCUCACUGGACGAGGAGCCGCUAACAUUAAAGGAGAUCGCUUAUCAGAAGCUAUGCAACAAUCUGGACAUAUUCAGUGGAUGUACGGACAGGGGUCAGCGUUCCCUGAACGCGGGCAUUGUGCUCACGAAUGAGAUAUGCGACGCGUUCCUCGAGAACUAUCAGCGCUUCCACAGACCACUUGACGAUAGGGUCAUAAAUCUGUUCAGCGAUACGCGUCGCACCUCGCUGAAGAUUGUCAAUCUGCGCUACAGCACACUGAGCAGCAUAGGUCUGCAGACGCUAAUGCGUCACAAAUUGUUUGCUUUGUCCAUGUGGUAUUGCGAUAAUAUUACGGUGCAAUCACAUCACCUGCUGGCCCAUUAUGGCGAUAGCCUGCGCUCAUUGGAACUGGGCAUCAGUUCGCAUCUGUUGCAGAAUGAGGAGCCCCAUGAAAAGGAGCCGGUGGACUUUCAAUUGACCAGCCCGCAUCUGCGCCGUCUGGUGCUCAAUGGCGUUGUUAUGCAUCAUCGUCUGCAGUUUGCCCAUUUGCAGGAUUUGAGCCAUUUGGAUCUCACAUCGUGCGUGCUGGCAAACUUCAGUCUGGAGGCGCUUGGCAUGCUGCCCAACCUGCACACGCUCAUACUGUUCAAUGUGUGGCCAAUUGCGAACCAGCUGCAUGCGAUCUGCUGUCUGCGGCGACUCUGCACUCUGGACAUUUCAAUAUCGAGCUCGGGCAACGGGCAUGGCACCUAUGAUCUGCCCGAUCAGACGCUGGUCAUGCUCAUGGACAACCUGCGCCAUCUGACACAUCUGGAUAUCUCCGGCACGAAUUUGGCCGGCAACGGCGUCGCCACCAAGGAGUCCACCAAUGCCAAUACCAAGACAGAGCAACAUUUUGGACCCACCGAUAUACCAGGGCUAGCGUCGCGCACACAGCGACCGCUGCAGUUUCUCGGCUUGUAUCACACGGCGCACUGGGCUUGCAAACGUCAUGACAUACCCGCCCUGGAGGUGGCCGGCGAUGCCAACGAGCAGCAGAUACUGACAGCGGCGCGCUAUUACCACGACAGGCCCGUCCUUCUGACAAGGGUUCUCAAUGAUUUGUAUCAUCUGUUUCGCUUUGAGAACUGCAAGGACAUACACACAGCGCUGGAUGUUGUGCUCUGCGCCAUGGACAGGCAUUUGAAGUUCAAGCAUAUGCAAAUAUCGGGCAGCGCUACACUGUUCUACAUUGUAAAGGGUCGUGAUCGUUCCAAGUUUGGCACUUUGCUGCGCAACCACAUCAUUCGGACGCUACUCAAUGGCAUGGAGAUGCAUCUAACGGACGACACAAUGCUGAGGAAUGGCUAUCUGACGCUGACGCAAUUCCACAUGCCAGUCGAUGUGCUGUUCGAGUACGAACGCCUCAUUAAAAUACUCCUGCAUGGUGUGUCCAAAACGGAGCAGGAGGGCUUCGUUCAGCGCAUUGCCAUCUAUCUGCUCAACACGCUCGCCUGCCAGGUGGAUGGCAGACAGAAGCUUUUUCUCGGCGAGUUGGGCGUGGUCAGCACAAUGCUGACACUGAUCAAGGAUCGGCUGACGCGUUCGGUGUUCGAUGAUGUCAUGGAGGUGGCGUGGUCAACCAUGUGGAAUGUAACCGAUGAGACUGCUAUUAAUUGUAAGAAAUUUCUGGAUGGACGCGGAAUGGAGUAUUUCCUUAAGUGUUUAAAUACAUUUCCCGAUCGUGACGAGCUAUUGAGAAACAUGAUGGGACUGCUGGGCAAUGUGGCCGAGGUUAAAUGGCUGCGUCCCAAACUGAUGACACAGGAGUUUAUAGAGGUGUUUGCGCGCCUGCUUGAUUCAUUGAGCGAUGGCAUCGAGGUGGGUCAUCAUGGUGGAAGACUAGCCAAUGACAAUGCUAACCAACUGCGCUUCCAGGUCAGCUACAAUGCGGCUGGAGUGCUGGCGCACAUUGCAUCCGAUGGCGCCGAUGCGUGGACCAUCAAAACGCCAACACGACAACACGUCCUCGAACGCAUGGUGGCCGCCAUACAGCGCUGGAACAUCAAGAGCGAACGCAACAUCAAUUAUCGCAGCUUUGAGCCCAUACUGAGUCUGGUGCGCUGCUAUGAGACGCCCGAAUGCCAGCACUGGGCCGUCUGGGCGCUGGCCAAUCUCACCCAGGUCUAUCCGGAUAAAUAUUGCCAGCUGGUGGAGCAGGAGAACGGCAUACAGAUACUGACCGAGCUGAUCGAGCACGAGAGUCCCUACUGCGAAAUAAAGCGCAUCGCACGUCUGGUUAUCGAACAGUGCGAUUUGGGCAUGGAGCGGAUGGUGGAGGGUUAGGCCAGAUGCUAGCCCUCAAUGUAUGCCAGAGUCUAGGAUUUACUAUACGAGUUUGUUGUAAAGUUUGUGUUUAAGGCAGCAGCAAGUGUUAUCGUUCAGAUUCUUCCUCGAUUUUUAUGUUUACUUCAACAAAAAAAAAAAAAA